AUGGUAACGGAGAAAGGCAAAAGGAGCAGGCCAGAGACGGGUGCCCGAGCAAGGCACCCGGACCUUUUUCCCCGGAUAGGAAAAUUCACCAACUACACCCUACUCACUCUCCCUAUCGUGGAAGUUUACCAGCAAAUCGCCGAAAAGGGAAUAUUGACGAAGCCCCGACCUCUGAAAGACCGUACAGGGGGGAACAAGAGCCUCUACUGUGAUUACCAUAAAGGCUAUGGGCACCAAACACAGGACUGCUUCAACCUGAAAGAUGCGCUAGAACAAGCAAUCAGGGACGGUAAACUGGCCGAAUUCUCCCACCUUAUCAGGGAACCGAAGAGACGACAUCGCAACCACGAUGAAGAUGCUAAGACCCGAUCGACGAAACGGUGGCAAGAACCAGAAAACGACGAUCACGGCCUCACCAUAAUAAACGUGGUGACCACCAAAAACACAGCGCCAAAGUCGAGGUCUGCGCACAAGAAAGACGCCAAAGUCCUGGCAAUUUCCUCCUCGCCAGCACGAAGCUCCAAGAGGUCCCCAACUAUUUCCUUUGGGCCAGAGGAUCAUUGGUUCGACGAGGUCCCUGAGAACCCACCCAUGGUCAUUACGGCUAUGGUGGGAACCGGCCUCGUCAAACGAAUCCUUGUGGACACAGGGGCAGACUCAAACAUUAUGUUCCGCAACGUGUUCGAUGCGCUGGGAUUACGGGACGCCGACCUCACGACUCACCAGCACGGUGUCAUAGGGUUAGGCGACUACUUCAUUAAGCCGGACGGGAUAAUAUCCCUCCCGACUUCCGUGGGACAAGGACAAGGACGGAGGUCAAUAAUGGCCGAGUUCGUGGUUCUACGGGACUCCACUGCCUACAACAUCAUCCUAGGGAGAAAAACGAUUAACGAUGUUAAGGCGGUAAUCAACACGAAGCUGCUGGUCAUGAAAUUUGUUGCUGAUGAUGGAUCGGUAGGAUCUAUAAGGGGAGAUCUGGAAACGACAGUCGCUUGCGACAACGCCAGCCUCUCCUUGAGGAAGAAGUCUUGGGCAUAG